AUGGAACCUACCGCUGGUGACAACGGCUCUACAGUUGAUCAAUCAGCAAAACGACCCAGAAAUACACAAUCAUGUCUUGCAUGCCGAGCCACCAAAAGCCGAUGUAUCCCGGUACAAGGAUCUGACAUCUGCGAAGCAUGUACUAGACGAUCUCGACAAUGUGUCAAGCCCGGCCCGGUCAAGCAACGCAUCAAAACCUCUCAGAAAAUCUCAAGUCUCGAGGAGAAGAUCGAGUUAUUGACCAGGGCGUUGUCCGCUAAGGCGCAGGAGCACCCAGACAAGACUCUUCCUUCCACAUUGUCUCCUGAAGCAACCACGCACGACUUCAUCGCUGUAGAGACGUCGUCCCAUGAAAAUUGUAAUAGAGAACUCGCUUCGGUGGUGGACAAGGCCAGAGAACGGAUUGGUAACGUCGCUGACUGCAGAGAUGUCCUCGGACAGCUUGAUCUUCAUGCUCAUGAUCGGAUUGACGACCGCAUUUUCCUGGAUAGGCUCAAAGGCUUCAUCGAAGGCAAUCCUGAACUAGCGAAAUCGUUCAGGGUCUUGCUCGACUUGGAUCGGUCUGGCCCUGGUAUCGGUCCUCCGCCGGAAUAUCAUUCGCGGUCUCACAUCUCUCACGUCUCUCACCAGCAAUCAGCCUUCGGAGACCACCUCGCUUAUGACGUGGUGGGACGUGGCCUGAUUGAUAUGCCUACUGCGGAAGUCUUGCUCAAUCACUAUAAUCUGACGAUGCGGCCGAUACUGCCUCUUUUAACUGCCUCUCACAGCUCGACGGCGGCAGGUCAUCGAUUGGCAACCCCAGUCUUGUUCCUCGCCCUCCUGGCAGUCACAAGUGCGGCGAUUCUGCCAUCCUUUACCUCUCGACUUGUGGAAGAACUACACGAGCAACUCGCGCGCGAGAUCCUUGUUGUGGGAACGCCAUCGAUGGAGCUUAUCCAAGCGGCGUUGCUCUACUCACAAUACUGUAUGCUACCCACGGGCUCACACUGUCCCAUUUCGACUCUUCACGUUUCGGCCGCCGUGACUAUGGCCUGUGACCUGGGGCUUUUCAACAGAGCGACGAGAUUGGUCGCGGGGGAACAGUCCGAAGGACCAAUGGAGGCAGCUCGGAUGUGGUUAGCGUGCUGGUAUGCAGCGUCAAGUAAUGCAACACUACUUCGGCAGAAAUUGCCCGUAUUACCGACAAGUGAAGUAGACUCCUGCCUGGCCGUGUUGUCACGGAAUGAAAGCCAUCAGCCUCAUCUCCACGACCGAUGGCUUUGCAGCAUAGUCCGUCUCCAGAUGAUUCUGGAAGAUGUUUCCAAUAUUCUGGCACCCGUGUCGGUGGGUACAUCCGGGCAGACAUUCGACGAGCCUGCCAUGCAGUAUAAAAUGAGCAUGCUGCAGCGUCGGGUGGAGGACUGGAAGUCCACUGUACCCGUUGGUGUCGAUGAAGCUCUCGUCAAGUUUCACAUGAACACCGCCCGACUCUGUAUCAACCACAUUGCGAUCCGGAGCUACGUGCGCAGACCACUGAACGUACAUGGCGAAGUAGAGAUGUCGGCCACACAUUUCAAUUCGCUAUGUAGUUGCGUGGAAUCCAUACAAGGCAUUCUGGAGACCUACAUAUCCUUCCCAGACUCGCUUGCCCGGUCUUUGCCCAACAGCUACCUUUCAUGGACGCUAUAUGCCACGGUAUGCAUGAUGAAGCUGGGACAGUUCAUCGACUCAAGUCUCACCGAUCGCGAACCUUCUAUUGCCCAACUUGUCGAUGCAACGAUCGAAAAGGUUGCCAGAGUGUCGGAAAAUGGAUACCUACCGCAAGCGAAGGCGUGUGAAGGAGCAUUCAGGAAAUUGAAGCUUUGGUAUCAGCACAAGAGGGCCAUAUGCAUCAACGCCAAAGGACUACAGAACUGCAUUGGUGAUGGUAAAGGCUCGAUUUACAGCGCCUUGGGCGCGACGAGCGACCCAUUCUCGCUGGAGCAAGCUUCGACUGUGGCGACGUCCGGCAUUGAUGCAACACAGACCGUGUUGACGCCGGACAUCAAUCCGCACCGCCAGCUCUUGCCACCCAGAACGAUGGCGGAGGAGGCCACAGAAGUGGCGUACGAUCCCUCGACGUACGAAAACACCAACUGGGCUGAGUUCACCUUCGAUUCUGAUGCGAUGCGCGAGUUCGACGCGUAUAUGAUGGACGAGAAUGAAGACGAGUCAUGGCUGAGAUCGUUCGUCACGGGAUACCAAGGAGCUGAUUCGGUUGAAUGA